UCUGCGUGAAGAUCAGAAUUAAUGGCGCUCAAUGAAGAGGAUACAAAGCUUACCCCGCUGGAGUUUGCGUGUUCAGAUCUGAAAACUCUGUUGCAAACCUCAUCCAAAAUGGAAGAAAGCCUUGGAAAGAUGGACAAAAAGUUUGAUCUUUUAGAUGAAACUCUUUCGACAGCAUCAAGAAGAGUAUCUCCUUUACAGUCUUUAGCCAUGGCUACCAAAGCCCUCGAUACACGAAUCAACCGAGCUGUUACUCUUGCUCUUGCUCUCCUGGAGAGCUUCAAAGUCACCGAUUCUCUCCAGCUCAAGCUCCUCGAACUCUCAUCAAUCUUAUCAGCAGAGACAACACCCAAAAAAAGGCUCAAGAAACUGCUCAACUAUGUGGACUGUGUUAAUCAGCUGAAUGCUGCGAUUAAUUCGAUCAGUCAAGAGGGAGAGCCGGUGAUUCAAAAGCUUCAAGAAGUGGUGGAGUUUUUGAGCAGGACCAAGGCCACGGAUCAGGAUAGGACACAUAGGCUCAGAGAAACUCUGUUCACUCUCAAAGCUCUCUAUGAAAAUGAGGUUGAUGCGAUGAAAUUUGAUGGGCUGCUUGAUGAGGCUUUAUUAAAUUUGCAGGACGAGUAUGAGAGUAUAUUACAGCUUUUAAGGCAUCAAAAUAUAAAGGAUCAGGUGCAAGUUGAUGAUAAAGAAGCCGAGAUUGUGGCAUCUGAUUUGGGUACAGAGCUGGAGGUUGAAGUUCUACAACGAAUUUCAGAGACUCUAGCUGCGAAUGAUUGCCUGGAUAUAUGUAUUGACAUAUAUCUCAAGGUGAGAUACAGAAGGGCAGCCAAAGCACUGAUGCGGCUAAACCCAGAUUACCUAAGAACCUACAAACCCGAAGAAAUCGAUGCCAUGGAAUGGGAGACCUUAGAGACAGCAAUAAGCCUUUGGAUCCAACACUUAAAAUUCGCAGUCAAAACAGUACUUGUAUCGGAAAAGAAACUCUGCAACCAAGUUCUAGGAAACAUCAUGGAUGGAGUGGUGUGGCCACUAUGCUUCUUGAAGAUUGCAGACAAAAUCAUGGCAGUCUUUUUUCGAUUCGGUGAAGGCGUAGCUAGGAGCAGCAAAGAGCCGCACAAACUGUUCCAACUAUUGGACAUAUUCGAUUCCUUGGAGAAACUUAAGCCCGAAUUCUCAGACACUUUCGAAGGUGAAGCUGGAGCUGAUAUACGUACUCGGUUUAGAGAACUUACAAAGCUACUCGUUCACGGUUCGAGUAAAGUGUUUUGGGAAUUUGGCCUCAAAAUCGAAGGCAAUUCAGAUGCUUACCCUCCACCACAAGAUGGCUCGGUACCGAAACUUGUUCGAUAUGCAAUUAACUACCUCAAAUACUUGACCACAGACGCAUACAAAGCACGUAUGGCCAUGGUUCUUUGGACAGAGCAAAUGUGGAAAGUGGGAACUCUAUCAAAACCUGAAACAGACGAGAAUUUACUCCAAGAUGCCAUUACCAACGUCAUGGAUGCACUUCAUAGAAACAUCGAGACCAAAAGGUUGAGCUACAGAGACAAAAUCUUACCCCACGUAUUUGCAAUGAACACGUACUGGUACAUUUACAUGAGGACGAGAAACACUGAGCUAGGAAAGCUUUUGGGAGACGAGUACAUGAAAAACAAGUACAAGGUUGUUGCUGAGGAAUCAGCGUACAUGUAUCAGAAGCAAUCGUGGGGACAACUUGUGAAGCUGUUGGAUAAAGAAGACUUGAAGAGGCAGAGCAAGGAGGGUUUGGGAAGCUUAGCAAGAGCAAAAAUGGAGGCAUUUUUGAAGGGUUUCGAUGAGAUUUCACAGAGGCACAGAGGGUCUUAUAGAAUUCCUGACAGGAAUUUGAGGGAACAGAUUAAGGAAUCGACGAUAAAGCUUUUGGUUCCAGUUUAUACUGAGUUCUUGAACACGUUUUCGGCUGUGUUACGAGGUAAAUUGUAUGUGAAUCCGGAUCAAUUACAAGGGUUUUUGGGUCAUAUUUUCGACGGUUCCGAUGCGAAGUUGAAGGGGCGUGAUUCCAAAGAUCGGAUGGUUGGAGGGAAUUCGUUGUCUGUUGAGGGGGAGAUCAUGGAUUUUCGACGGUCCAGAUCAAUUUCAAGCAAUGUGUAAAUCGUCUGAUUGGUAUAUAGUAUUCCAGUCAUUGUGCCUUCCUUGAGGAAUUACGAAUUAGAUGGGUGGAAUUGAAUGAACGACUGAUCAUUGUUAAUGCCUGCACCUGAAGGGGAAUGUUCUUUUGGGGAUAUGGA